AGAAAACUCUGUGUUUCGAAUUUCAAUCCUCAGAUAAUUUUUUUUUUUUUUGUAAUAUUGUCCAAAUUUAAUAGAACAUUUUUUUUUUCUCUUCUCACUCUUUCUUUUCUUGAUUGAAAUUAAUUGAUUGAAAAUUUAAUCAAUUUGUUAAUUUGCAAUCAAGAAUUGAAAGGGUAAAAAAAAAACAAAAUUCACAUCUUGCAAUCUAACAUUGAUGCAAUCAGGUUAUGAAACUAUGCUUGGAAAAUUUCAUGAAAGGUUGCAAGACUUAGGGAUAUCAUGCCGCUAUCUCAAUUCGUUCUUCUGAAGGAGCAUUUUGCAGAUCUUGAUUUUUUUGAAUUUGAAGUUAGAAAGCAGAAACGGUACACAAACCAGCAACUUUUGAGGAAGCCUGUAAUCAAGUUCUUCCUCCAUUAUGACGACCAAAGUGAAAGGCCUCUUGAAAGGCCUAAGAUACAUUUCACAGAUUUUUGAUGAGAAAGAAGAAGAAAUGCAAAUUGGGUUUCCCACAGAUGUAAAGCAUGUAGCACACAUUGGAUGCGAUGGCCCUUCGGCAAACACUCCAAGCUGGAUGAAUGACUUCAAAUCUUCUUCGGAAGUCUCAUCCGGGAAAGUGGAUUCUAAUGGAGAAUUAUCCUCUCAAGAUAUUAGCAAAGCUGGUCUUGGAGCUCAAGAACAAGUGGUCAAAAAUGAAAUACCGAGAUCAAGACGCCAUUCUUCAUCCGGGAGUGGUCAUUCUUCACCGUUAGGUUCACCAACCAAACGAGGAGAUGGAUCAAAGCAUUCUAGACGCCACCGCUCCCGUGAUGGUAUACCACCAGACUCAUCUAAAGAUUCAUCAGGCAGCAGCAGGCAUGCACGACGAUCACACCGAAGUUCAAAUCUUGGAUCUGAAUCCCCUGCACAAGAACCACCCGGCAUCCCAAAAAGGUCUCACAGGAAGUCAAAAGGAUCAACUGGAGGCGGUUCAACUAGAUCAUCGAGAUCCAAAGGUCAGGAUUCUUUAACAGAAAUGCAAUUUGCUGAACUUGGAUCAGUGACUGAGUCAGGGGAGGGAGUGAAGGGCAUUGAGAGAUUGGUGGAGGAAAAGAGACUUGUGGGGGAAGUCAAGGUUGAAUGAGUGAAUUCCUUUUCUUUUCUUUUUUUUUUUUUUUUCCCCUUUAAUUUUUCGAAGAGAUUUUUAACAUAAUCCUCCAAUGCAAGGUGUGAGUUUUUGUUGGUUUACAUUUCUUCAUCCUCCUUUUGUCAUUUUUCACUUCUCAUUUUGAUAGCUCUUCUCCUGCAAAAACAAAGCCAAACCCAACAAACUUUGGUUUCUCUUGCAAAAGCUGUGUUUGUCUUUCCUAGAAAACACAAAGAAAGUUUCAACUGGCUGAGGUUAGAAUAUAAUGUAACUCUGCCAAUGAAACUUUCCUGGUUUUCUUUUUGUUUCCAAGCUAGACAUCAACCUUAAGCAUUAAGAAAUAAUGUUUACUGUAAUUAUAGUAAACUUUUGUCCCUUGAGGGAUAUACUUGUUGAGAUUGGAUAAAUUAUAUGUAUACAGACAAAAAAACAAAGAAAAAAAGAAAAAGAAUUGCAGUGAAAAUUAAGCUUAAAAAUUCAUGGAUGUGAUUCAAAAUAUGCAUAUCUCCAAACAUAUAAAUGCAUGCUAUUAUAGUAAUUCCAAGAUAUAGAUAAUAUAGUUUGA